CAGAAAGUUCAGAACAGGGAUGAUUUUCUGCUUAAUAGGCAGUUUAAACUCUUCACCACUCACAGCACAUUCAAAGGCAGUGGAUCCCUUCAGCGUUAUUUGUGCUUUAAAAGAUAAAAAAUGGGAAGGAGGUGUGGUGUGGGAGUCUGAUCACAUGAUGAUGAGGAGGAGGAGUAACUGGGUGCAGGAAGUCGAAACUGCAAAGAAACAAUUACUCUGGUUCCAGAAGGUAUCUGAAAGGAACUGCAUCAAAAUAGUGCCACAAAGCGUAGCACCAUCAACACAGAGAUGACCAACUUUGUAAGCAGCAAUGGAACCGAUCUAACUAUCGGCUUUACCUCUUCUGCAGUAGCUGUCUUCUUAUUUGGGACAAACUUUGUACCUGUUAAGAAAUUUGACACUGGUGAUGGAAUGUUCUUCCAGUGGAUUCUCUGUGCUGCAAUAUGGAUAGUUUCUUUGGUGGUCAACCUUAUCCAAAAAUGUCCCCAGUUCUGGCCUCUGGCUAUGCUUGGGGGGGUUGUAUGGGCUACAGGUAAUAUUACUGUUGUCCCCAUUCUUAAAACCAUUGGCUUAGGUCUUGGGCUCUUAAUCUGGGCUUCUUUUAAUUUGCUAACUGGCUGGGCAAGUUCAAGGUUCGGUUGGUUCGGAAUUGAUCCAGAAGAGGUAUCAAAACCCACCUUAAAUUACAUUGGAGCUACACUUUCACUGUUAAGUGUGAUCAUAUUUCUUUUUGUAAAAAGUGAAAUUCCAAGUUCUUUAGCUUCAUCAGAAGCUAGGCCUUUAUUGGACGAGGCACCAAUCAACUAUUCUGUAAACACCAGUUCUGAUACAUCAUGGGUGGACAAAUUUUCUCCAAAGGGAAAAAGAAUGAUAGGCUGUAGCCUAGCAGUAGUAGCUGGAAUACUGUAUGGUUCCAGUUUUGUGCCAGUGCUUUAUAUCAAGGAUCAUGGCAGAAGAAAUGGAACUAUAUACACAGGAGCAAGUCAAUACGAUUUAGACUAUGUCUUUGCACACUUUAGUGGAAUCUUCCUUACAAGUACCAUCUACUUUCUGAUCUACUGUAUGGUCAUGAAAAAUAAACCUAAAGUUUACCCUGAAGCUAUAUUACCAGGAUUUACGUCUGGUAUACUUUGGGCAAUAGCCAAUUGCUGUUGGUUCAUAGCCAAUCACUACCUCAGUGCUGUGGUCAGCUUUCCAAUAAUUACUGCUGGCCCUGGAUUUGUAGCUGCAAUGUGGGGAGUCCUGGUAUUCAAAGAGAUAACGGGAUGGAAAAACUAUUUCUUACUCAUAGUAGCAUUCAUUAUCAUUUUAGCUGGCUCACUCUGCACAGCUUUUUCUAAAGUUUAAAGUGAUUGCAGAGACCAGCAGAUGGUGCUAUUGUCUAAUAAAAUACAUUGUGGAGAAGAUUACACCUCUAUCAUUUUUAAAAGGACUAUUUAUUGUGACAAUGAAGGUAAAUUAAGCAAAUAUUCAUAUUCAGGAAAUUUUAUCCCAAUGGAACCAUUUUUUUCAUACCUGAAGCAAGCUUUGGAUAAUAUAAGAAAAAAACUUUUCAAUGUACUCUUCUAGAAGAUAAGCGUUGGCCUUCGUAAUGGCAAGAACAAAAACUGAAAUCAAAGGGCUGUCAUUAUUUAGAAUUAUUUAAAUGCUAAAAAUUUUUAUUUUAUAAUUUACUGGUUUUCUGGUAGUGUGGUACCUAAAUAAGUUCUCACAGAAUCAUCAUAAGUUUAAUUCACUUUUGUAGGUGAAGGAUAAAGGGAAUAUGAAUGCUAAGCACUUAAUAUUUUACUGAAUUGCUAAAAAAAAUUAACAUAUGGCUUCUUAUUUUCCUGAGAAUUUAUCCUUUUGGAAUAUCCUUGUUUACACUAAGAUAAAAAGACAUGCCAGUAAAAGCUCACUGAAGCAUUGUUUUUCUUUAAAGGGCAACUAUCUAUAAAAAUUUGUUUUACACAAAAAUGUUAUCUGCCUUCUACUUUAUCAUUUAGAAUGUGAAAGCUUUUUUAUUGUUGUUAUGAAUCACAAAUGAUUGUUUAUAAUCAUUCAGUUUUGUUCAGAAAGGCAUUCAUUCAUGGUUUUGUUCAAAUUAUGCAAAUAUUCUGUAUCAGAGGCAUGAUUUCUGUGGCAUUUUUUUCUACAAUCUAUUGAGGGUUAUUGGGAGGAACUAUGCAAAUAAGCAUUUCAUUCUGUCAUUAGGACUGUUACAAUGCAAAUUAAAAAUAUAGUGAAAAGGUUGUUGCCAG